UGUACCAGUAUAUAACGAUGAAGGGCAUCGUCAGAUCCACGAAGGGAGCCAGAGCUGCUCUAAGGCGACCAGGAUGCGUCUUUUAUGCUCUUCAACCAGUUUCGACGAUUCGAGUCCAUACGGAAGCAACUCUCACAGCGCCUCAUCACGUCCACCUGCGAUCCUAUACCUCUUCGACGGAAUCGGCUGUUUCAACCACCGAUCUACUCGAAGUAUAUCGAGGUUUGGUCGCUCAAGGAAAGCUUGAAUGGGAUGAUGAACAGAUAAGAUGCAUAGUCAAACUUAAGCACCUCCUCGAAGAGCUACGUGAUUAUGCUCCUCCGGUCUCCCUCUUGGCAAAGCUUGAUCCUGCUCGAACGAUCAGUCAACGAGACAUUUCCCGCUCUUCCUCUUCUUCAUGGUGGAAAGGCAAGGCCAGGGCGACUGAGGAUGACGAGACGAGCCUGGUCAGGAUUUUGAGUGGACAGGAAGAGCUUGAGGCACUGCGGACGCCAAAGGGUAUCAUGUUGACAGGACCGCCUGGUACGGGCAAAUCCUUCCUACUGUCCCUAUUCUUCGACCUCCUCCCGACAAAGCACAAACGACGAUGGCACUACCACGCCUUUACUCUCUAUCUAUACCGUCGGGUCUUUCUAGAGCUAGAAAAGCGCAGACAUGGUACUGAUCUUGAGAAAAUCGAAAACAUGGAGCGUGCAGCGAAGCGAGGAUGGAAGAGCGUUUUCGCGGGAGGUAGAUGGGAAGAUGGUGAUUCAGGUGUAGGCGAUGAGACUAUCCCGUUCAUCGUUGCGAGAGAAAUGAUGUUGGAGUAUCAUAUCCUAUACUUCGACGAGCUCCAGUUGGUCGAUGCGUCGUCUGCUGCGCUCUUACGGGAUGUUCUGACGUGGUACUGGCGCAUGGGAGGUGUCAUAGUGACUUGCUCGAACCGCGUACCCGACUCUCUGUAUCACGCUGGAAUUCAAAAGGAGCGCAUGUCGGGUUUCUUAGAUGCCCUCAAGAUGCGAUGCGAGGUGGUUCAGGUUGAUGGGGGCAGAGACUUCCGAAGGACAGAUGGAGAAGCGGUCAGGUGGUACCGGGACAGGAACGGAUUCGAUCGAGCAUGGCAGGACGUAACGCAUGGCAACGCCACGCCGCCCGAAACUCUGUCAGUUUACAGCAGAAAAGUCAAGAUUCCUGCUGCCAUUGGGAGCGUCUGUCGAGCCUCAUUUGCGGAUCUGUGUGAAGAAUCGCUCGGUCCCGCCGACUACAUCACGAUUGCCUCUCGAUACUCUACCAUAUUUUUGGACAAGGUUCCCGUGCUCUUGCUGAAGAAUAAGAAUGAGGCAAGACGUUUGAUCAACUUAGUGGAUGCUCUCUAUGAGUCUCGGUGUCAGCUGUACAUCAUGGCCGAGACACCUCUCGAUCAGCUUUUCUUCCCGGAUGCUGUUUCUGCUCAGGCUCCUGGAGCGGAUUCUAAUGAUGCGAUCAUGGCUGCGGAAGCGCUAUCUGAGACUUUACACGCAUCCGCUCAUCCAAAUGUCAGUGUGUAUAACGCCGGUGAACGUGAAGCGAGGGACAAGAGAGAUGUUCAGGAAGGUGAGAAAGCAAGUGCUUUUUCCGUGCUGGGCAUCUGGACAGGAGAAGAUGAGCGAUUUGCAUACAAACGGGCCGUGUCCAGGCUAGAUGAGAUGACCACGUCGCCGACCUAUUUUGAAGAGAAUUGGCUCCCCCUAGACGCUUCUGCCAGGACUUGGGAAACUGCGAGUGGCAAAGAAUCGAUUCGCGUGCAUCAACGUAAUUUGCCGGAUAAUGACGACGACUUUGCCACGGAAGCUGGCUACUCGCGCCCUGAGAGGCUGCAUCCCCGAGCUGAGGAUCUGCCCGAUGGCAAGCCGGUGAUCAGUGAGAAGCAUGUUUGGGGUGUAGCAGAUGGCUGGGGACCAAAAGCCGGUAAAUGGGGUAAAGGGUCAAAAUGGUUUGUCAAGUAAUCGAUUUGUUCUAACUGUACAACGGAUGCA